AGCUGAUCUUAAACAAAACAGAAAACAAUAAACUUGGAUAAGCUAUUUAUAAACCAAUUAAAUUAUUUAUUAGAAAAUAAUUAGAAACCAUGGAUGAAAUUUUGCUUUCAACAACAUCAAGUUCAGAAAAUCCUUCAGAGCAUGAUGAAGUAGAUUUAAAGCUAUUCGACAAGGCAAGGAACGCUAAUGAAGCAAGUGAUCGUCCUGGUGAAGGCGUUGGUGAUGCUAAUACAAACAGUGAUCAUUCUGGCGAUGAAGGUGCUAGCAAGGCACGCAUGCGUGAGGAGCUCGGCUUGGACAUCAAGGAUUCGAAAAUGGAGGGUGUGGACUUGAGCGACGAUUUGCCAUCCAAAAAACAAAAGACUAAAAAAGAAAUGGAAGAGGAGGAGCGCGAGAAGAUGCAAGUACUGGUUUCGAACUUCACAGAAGAGCAACUCGACCGCUACGAAAUGUAUAGACGUUCGGCCUUUCCCAAAGCCGCCGUGAAGCGGCUAAUGCAAACCAUAACCGGUUGCUCGGUAUCACAAAAUGUUGUGAUUGCUAUGUCGGGUAUAGCCAAAGUGUUUGUAGGUGAAAUUGUCGAAGAAGCACUCGAUGUAAUGGAAGCUGCUGGAGAGACGGGCGCGUUGCAACCUAAAUACUUGCGAGAAGCUGUGAGGCGCUUGAGGCAACGUGGUCGUAUGCCUAUUGGGAAAUUUCAAAAACCAUAUUUUCGAUUGAAUUGAUAGCGUUUAAAUUAAAAGAAAAAAAAAAA